AUGCUCAAACUUCUAGCAUCCUUGUCGGAAUUUUCGGCGGCUGUCACCACACCGACGGUGUCAGAGGAGAGGAGAGGCCUGUGCCGGGGAUAUAAUGACCCAAGCUUCAUUGGCUCCAGAACAACAGUAAUGUCUGGACGAGCACAGGAGUCACACAAUGACUGGAAACUGCCCUUCAAGAAAAGACGUGUGAGCAUGUGGAAAGGAGCAGAGGACCCUCCUCCUGCGUCGGCCUCGUCGCCUGGAGAGCUUGAUCAACGGGCCAAAGAGUUUCGACCAUGGAAUGUUCAUUACCAACCAGUGUCCACGCCACCGUGUUCCCCGCGUCACGAUGCUCAUCUCUCGACGACUACACGUUCGAGUAUCUUCAGUCAAGAUGAUGGUCCUCCUCUGCAACAAGCCUCAACCUCUCGCCAGGUCGAUCAGUUGAGCAGCGCAUUCCGGCCAUGGAGAGUACACGAGGACGAGGAGGAGGAGUCUCCACAGUUAUCCCUCCCUCUCGAGGCUGACCAGAAAAAUUCAGCAAGUUCGAACAUCAUGAACCAUGAAGAAAACCCCCGUCUUGAUCUUGCCUCAACGUCUUACCAGCCUGAUCAAUGGAAUAGAGCGUUCAGGCCAUGGGGAGAUCCCGAUGAUGGUAAAGUACUUCAGGUGUCCCAUUAUCUCCAUGCUGACCAGAACGAGACCCCAAGUGCAAGCAUGUUGACCCAUGCAGACCAACCACCUCAAAGUGCAUCAUUUGAUCAUUGGAACACAGCGAUCCGGUCCUGGAGUCCUUCUAGACAAGAGAACUCGUCACCAAAUUAUCUUCACAUCGAUGCUGCUGACCAGAAGAAAACACGUUUAAGGAACUUAAAUCAUGAAGAAGGCCAUCGUGAACUUGCACCUGUUCAUCAACCUGUGCAAUGGAGGGAAGAACUCGGAGCCAGGGGCUUUGAGGAGGAAGAGAACACCCCUCAGUGUUCUGGUUACAACUCCGCCAGAUCUUCCGCCGCUGCUAAUGAGUCGUCUGUCGAGGAAGCUUGGCACAGUAGCAGCAGUGAAGAAUCACAACCGCUAGCAGUGGAAUAUCCACUGCCAGGAACGUCAGCCUGUGAUCAGGCUGGGUCCCGGGAAGUGUUUAUGGACGUACCAAUCCAUAGCAAGAACGGACUUAACCUCACGCCACAACAAAAGUUUCCACAGUGCAAUAGGAACUGUACUAGUGCUUGUGCUAAGAGGAACCUCGCGUCCACCCACAAUGAGAAACUCUUAAAAUGCAGCGAGUGUGGGAGAUGCUUCCGCACGCGCUAUGACUUAACGCGCCACCAGAGAGUUCACACCGGUGAGAGACCCUACACCUGUAGCACGUGUGGUGCCUCGUUCACCCAGACUUCCAACCUGUUUUAUCACAUGAGGAUUCACACAGGAGAGAAGCCCUAUCAAUGUGGAGUGUGUGAUAAGGAAUUUAGGGGAUCGUCUCAUCUGAAGAGGCACAUGCGACACCACACUGGGGAGAAACCCUAUUCUUGCAACGAUUGCCUACAGACCUUCGCCAGCUGGGAUGAACUAAACAGACAUCGCAACAGAGAUCACUUCGAAAAUCAGUAA